UUACUUUAACUAAUAGUACUACAAAUAAUAAAACAAUAACAAUAUUGACCACUUUGGAGAACCCUGCUUUAUGGUAAGGAAGGCAUUAAUCAAUCACAUUUAUACUAUAAUGACCUAUUGAAACAUUUUCACCCACGCUCCUCCGUUAGUAACACUCUGCCUCUCUUCAAGCUCCGCCUUUUCUUUUUCAGUUUCCCGCUCUCCUCCUUGCAGCCAACCAGCAGAAGCGAGUCGGACCGACCAAUCAGAACUCUCUUGCCGCCUCUCCGCCAGGGAAAGCCCCGCCUCUCGCCGCCCAAAGGCGCGUGCGCACUCGUCCGUACGCCGCCUCGGAGGUGUGGGCAGGCCGGGCCCGUCGAUUGGUUGGCGGGUUUGUUUGGGCCGAGGGAGACCUUGGGGGCCUGGCUGAGCGCGCGGGGGGCAGAACGUUAGAGCCUCCAUGAGCAGGUGUUGUCUACCUGCCGCCUCGGUCGUGAGGGGACUUCUCGGCUCCGUUUUCCUCUGCCUGACGCGGACUAUGAGCCUCCGUGGCAGUCCGGCUGCCUACCUGUCGGGGCCCUCGGGCAGCGGCAGGACGGGCUCUGAAGAAGGAGGCAGCGGAGGCAGCGCCUUCUCUCUGCCCUCGACUUCCUCGCCCCGACCGAAGCUGCUGCGGCUGUCGGAGGUGCCAGGCGCCGAGCCCUUCAAAGCCAAUGACGUGCUGCUGCACCUGCCCCUCUCUGCCCCGGCGCCGGAGCCGUCUCAGCAUCACGUCCUUUACUUCCCGGGGGACGUGCAGAACUAUCAUGAAAUUAUGGCUUGCCAUCCAGAGAACUUCCAGUGGAAACAAUGGUGCUUAGAAAAUGUUGCAAUUAUUCUUGGUCAUCGUUUUCCAGGCAGUUACAUUUGGAUUAUAAAAUGUUCCCGUAUGCAUUUGCACAAGUUUAGCUGCUAUGACAAUUUUGUGGCAAGCAAUUUGUUUGGAGCACCUGAACAUAGUACUGACUUUGGAGCCUUCAGACACCUUCAUGCCCUGCUAAUUAAUGCAUUUAAACUUGCUCAAAAAUUUUUGCUGUCUCAGAGAAGCAUGUAUGAUUUCAGCGAUGAUGCAAAAGCAGUUUGUGAAUUACCUACUGUUGCUACUAGUAACGGUUGCCCAGCAGCAGAGAGACACUGUGAAUAUUUUAGCAAUUCUACUAUGAGCUUUAAUGAGCCUUCUGCUAUUGGUGGAGCUUCAUUCACAUUAAUAGGAUUCAGUAAAGGCUGUGUUGUCUUGAAUCAAUUACUUCAUGAACUGAAAGAAGCAAAAAAGGACAAGGAUAUAGAUGCUUUUAUACAAAAUAUAAGAGCUAUGUACUGGUUGGAUGGUGGUCAUUCUGGAGGAAGUAAUACUUGGGUAACCUACCCUCAUGUGCUGAAUGAUUUUUCACAGACUGGAAUUUCAGUUAAUGCUCAUGUCACACCAUAUCAGGUAUUUGAUACAAUGAGAACAUGGAUUGGAAAAGAGCACAAGAGAUUUGUACAACUUCUUGAAGAGUUUGGUGCAAAUAUAAAUAGCCAGCUUCAUUUUGCUGAUGAAGCACCUUCUUUGGACAAUCACUUCAAAGUGCAUGAAGUAUUUUGACAUUUUAAUAUACCAGUAUACUGUAGUUGCAAAAUAGAUCUUAAACUUCAAGUUUAAGAAUAUGUUUUCUUAACACUUGGAAGAGGAAAUACAAUAUAUGCUUUCUAAGAUGAAUGUUGAUUAGAGCCUACUGCUUGUAACUGAAGUCACCAGGAAGCUCCAGCUUUUGAUCUGAACAAGGCAGUACUAUUCCUGAGGAACACCAGUUUCAGAGCAAAACAAAAACUAAUUCAGAUUAAUGUUAGAGGGAAAGUUUAUUUAGUUAGAAUCAUAAUGACUAAAACUUUCAAGUCCAGGUAUAAAAACAGCAUCUUCAAAUUGUUCUAAUUAGAUGAAAUUGAAGUUUUAAGUGUUUUUGAAUAAUUAGAUGGGAUAGUAAUUAGAAUAUCAAAGCUAUUCUAAACAUUAUUUAGUACUUUAGCACUAGCAAUGCAGUACAAUGGUUAUUUUGACACUAUUUAUCUUUAUUGCAAUGAGUAUAUAUUAACCUUGGGAAUAAGGUGAAUAACUACUAUACUGUUGUAUCAGAGGUGCCCUGCAGUUUCUAACCAUUGCAAGCAUCUACAAAUGUGUUUAUUUUAUUUCUGGGGGGGAUUGAAAGAGUAUUAAACAUCUUUUUGUGUGUGAGACCAAAAAUGUAUAAUCUCACUCUGGUUCAACAUUCCAUAUUAAUGGUGAAGCUUGACUAACUCUUAAUACAGUUUUGAGCUUUUAUAUCUUGAGACUGUUAGAACUUUUAUAACAACUGUGAUCGUUACUUUGCUGAACAUCAACCCAUGUAUCUACAUGAUGCUAAUACUAUACAUUUUGGAAAAAUGGUAGUACAUCUAUUUUAGUAAUGGUCAUAAUACAGUUAUUCAUUAUUUGUAAUAGGAACAUUAAGUAGCAUUCUCUAUAAAACAGCAAUUCUGUGAGAGAAGGAUCACUACAGUGUAAACCAUUUUGGUGUUUCUGUAGUUAAAAAUUAAUUUAAAGCAGUUGCUAAGGCAGCAGUGCAAUUGAUCAGCAUUUUUAUACAUUGUUUGGAACUUAACUACAAACCAGAACACUAUCUGAAAAUGGAAUUUGGAAGAUACAGAAUUCAGCUGAAUUUCAAAGGAAUUGUAACACAAUAGGAUUCUUUAAAACUUUAAUGAACAAAAUUAAUAUUGUUGAGAUAGAAAACUAGAACAAUUGCUAGAAAGCCUUUUUACUUUCUUUGUUAAGAAUCACAGGCUGUGUCCAAUUUUUUGCUUUAACAGAAAAGAGUUUGAUAAUCUAAUUUUCACUGAAUAUCCCUCUCAAUUCUCCAUACCAUCAUUCCAUCCUGUGUUUUGCAAGGAGGCACCUUUCAAGAGUAAUUAUUUUAAGUGGGACAGAAAGUUAAGGUGGGAGAAUCAAUACAAAUGGAGAUCCUUAUUUGCAAGAGUGCAAGCACUGCCUGCUUACUAUCCAUUGUGUAGGCUACAGUUUUUGAGCAUGAGUAAGUUAUAGAACUACUAUAAUAGUUAUAAUGGGUGGAAUUUAAUGGUAAGCUUGCAUCAUGGAAGCCAUUUUUGCUCCUCUAGUGUCUAUAAACCCUCUGAAGCAGAUUUGAGUGUCACGAGAGCUGUGAGGAAAAGAAAGUCGUGUUUUGUUAGCAAUAGUCCUUUAGCAUAGGCUUGGAUGCUAUCUCAUCUUCUGUACAGA